UUGAAGGUAUUUAUAGUACCAGAUUAAUUCAAUAAUAUUUGUACGAAUAACGCUCGAAAUGCUAUCUGUGUGAGCGGCGCGCUCACAUGUGUACCAACGACGGGUUAAGUAUUCAGAAAGAAUUAUUUCCUAAAAAAAAUACAGUUGAACUUAAAAAGUUAUGUGACACGAGGUGGAUUUGCCAGAUAUCUGCAUGUAUUGCUGUUAGAGAAACAUUUUCUGUUAUUCUAGUACUUCUAAAUAAAAUUAGCAUUGAAUCAAAAUGCGAAAAAAGUAUGGAAGCAAAAUCAAUUUUGAUUCAUAUUAAUUUUGAAUUUAUAUUUUGUUUACACCUCUUUUGUGAUACAUUUAGUCAAAUAAAAAUUGUUUCUGAUUAUCUACAACUACCCGAAUCAGAUUUAGGUAUAAGUUGUAUAAUGGUCGAAUCAUUGAUAGAUUAUCUUAAACAAUUCCGAACAGUUGAUAAAUUAUUUGAUUUGCUUUUGGAAAAAGUUGUUUUGUUUGCUGAAAUUAAUAACAUCCCGUUACCAGAAGAAAACACAUAUAGAAGAAUUUUUUGUAAAUUGCCUGCUAAAUUUGUAUCAUAUAUUACAGAACUACCGAUUUCUGAAAAUAGGGAGAUUAUGAGUAAGAAUGAUGCAAGGACAAUUAUAUUUUUUCCAGUAAUUGAUCGAAUGAUCAAUGAAUUACAAAGAAGAUUUUCUGAUAAUAAUCCAAUAUUAUCUGGUAUUAGUUCCUUAAAUCCUCAAAAUAAAUCUUUUUUAGACUUGCAAGUAUUAUUACCUUUUGCCAAACACUAUGAAGUGGAUAUUGAAAGCUUGGAAUCUGAAUUGAAGUUAAUACCCAAACUCAUAGAUAGACAUCAAAAAGAAAAAGAAAAAAAAACUAAAACUAAUACUAUACUUGAUUUCAUAUAGUUGCUUGAAAAUUACAAAUUGGUCUUUUCUGAACUAUAUUUGUUAUGUACUAUAGCAAUUAUCAUACCUCCUUCAAGUGCCGGUGUUGAGAGAACAUUUUCUAGUCUCCGACAAAUUAAAACUUAUAUGAGAAGUAAAAUGAUCAACACAAGAUUAUCAGAUAUAGCAGUUCUUUCAAUAGAGAAAAAUAUUUCCAAAAACCUAGAUUUGGAAUUCAUUGUGGUCAAAUUUUCUGCUGCUCAUCACAAUCGCAGAAUGCUUGUUUAAAAAAAUCUUAUAUUUUUCAUUGAUUGUAUUUUCAUUUUAAACAUUAUUAGUGUGUUAAAAUUUUAUAUUAUAUGCAGUAGGUUAUGCAAAAUUAAUUAGUGUAUUAUAUAUAAAUCAUUACAUUUUUUUUUACCAAUA